AUGGAUCUUUACGAGCAAAACGAGACCUCCACUUCCUCCGAGUGCGCCGCAGCGCUGGCGGACGCGCUCCGGGGCAACGGGAGCUUCGAGACAUCCAACCUCACCUGCGGCAACGCCUUCACACACCUCACACCUCGACGCGUGAGGCACAGAGAUGAGGACCACACGCUGCGCAUCCUGCUCUACUCGCUCAUCUUCUUCCUGAGUGUGUUCGGGAAUCUGCUGAUCAUCGUGGUGCUGACGCUCAACAAGCGCAUGCGCACCGUGACCAACACUUUCCUGCUGUCCCUCGCCGUCAGUGACCUGAUGAUGGCCGUGUUCUGCAUGCCCUUCACCCUCAUCCCGAGCAUCCUCAAGGACUUCAUCUUUGGAGCGGCCAUGUGCAAGAUAGUGUCCUACUUCAUGGGCCUAUCCGUCAGCAUCUCCACGUUUAGCCUGGUUGCCAUAGCAAUUGAGCGCUAUAGCGCCAUCUGUAACCCCUUGAAGUCGCGAGUGUGGCAGACCCGGUCCCACGCCUAUCGGGUGAUCGCUGCCACAUGGGUGCUGGCCUUCAUCAUCAUGAUCCCGUAUCCAAUCAUCAGUCACCUGGAAACUUUUCAGCGCCCCGACAACACCACAGCGCACCAGUGUCGCCUCAAGUGGCCACUGCCCAUCGCCCAGCAGACCUGGUACAUUCUGCUUCUGCUUGUGCUGUUCGCGAUCCCAGGGGUGGUGAUGAUUGUGGCUUACGGACUGAUCUCCAGGGAGCUUUACAGAGGCAUCCAGUUUGAGAUGGGCCACAAGAAAAACUCUACUGAUGUGAAAAAUGGCCUGACCUCGACAGUCUCUUGUGGGAGCGAUGAUGGAGACGGCUGCUACGUUAAUGUCCAGCGGCCGCUCGCAAUGGAGAUGUCCACCAUGGCCGCGUCGAGCCGCCCGGUCAAGGCAGAGCGACUCCGCAGCAACACGUCUGAGGCCAAGCUGGAGGCCAAGAAGCGGGUCAUCCGCAUGCUGGUGGUCAUCGUUGUGCUUUUCUUCAUCUGCUGGAUGCCGCUGUACUGUGUCAACACGUGGCGGGCGUUCGACGACAUCUCCGCCACGCACGCCCUCUCCGGUGCCCCGAUCGCUUUCAUCCACCUGCUGUGCUACACCUCGGCCUGCGUCAACCCGAUCAUCUACUGCUUCAUGAACACGCGUUUCCGCAAAGCCCUGCUCGCCACGUUCUCGUGCUGCGCCGCGCCGUGCCACCGCCGCCGCCGCCGCCACGGCCUACGGGACAAUGAGGAGGACGUUAUGGCGAUGGGGGCGUCCAUGUCUAAGUUCAGUUACACUACAGUCAGCACCAUGGGAACCUGCUGAGGCAGAUGAAUGCAGGCCCUAUCCAGGAGAGACAGUUGCUACGGCAACACAGUCCCCCACAUCCUUUUACUUUAGGCCAACUCUGUGCUCGUCCCCACGAGAUGUGAUGCAGAGUGAAAAUAUAAACAGGCCGUGUGAUGUAGCCGCGUAUAGAGGUUUCUCGUGAGUGUGUUUAAAAUGAUGUAGCGAUUAUUUAAAGAAACCCCAUCUCACAUUGUAAAUACCUUCAUAGCUAUAUUAACAAAAGCACAGAGGACCAAGACAAAUGAUGUGCUUGGAAGCUGUGUGAUAUGUGAGGGACGCACAACUGUAGCCAUUAAAAUCUUUUUAUUGUUUGCUGUCAGUUGUUAGUGUUAAUCUGUGUUAAUGAUGGAAACGCAAUUGCCUUGUGGACCAAGUGCCUGCUACUAAAUGCUACGUUAUGUGUGUCUGCUCUUGAUUUGCCUCACACACGGAGGUCGAGUUUAAACAAAAUGAAAGUUUUCCUCUGACGCCACUGAUGAAUAAAUCCGUUGGUCUGUUCUACACAACUGUGUGGUUUGCGGAAAACAAAUAACUCCAGAGAUAUUAACCGUUUACAGAACACAAAGAGUAUUGAUGCCUUGUGAUGUGGUUGAAACUGUGAUUUUAGUAACCUUUUCAAAUUUUUUGAUUUAUUUUGAGUAUAUGGUGCAAUGCUUGUUUCUAUAUAAUGUGUCCUUUCGGCUGACCACAUUUGAAAUGGGUCUCUUCCUCAUAUUAGGAUCUAACGGCUGAAGAUAGUAAAUCAGCAUAUUCCAUAACCGUAACCCAUCACUGUGGGGAGAUGUGGAAUCACAUCGGCGUGAUUUUAAUUGAAUAUUCAAUGGCCCCUACAUUGUUUUAUUCCUGAUACUAAGAGAUACACUCAAUGAACUCCACUGAGUACAAGAGAAAAGGCAAAAAGGAGAGAAAAUAUGAGUUUUAAAAGAUGAUUUAAUGUUAUAUAUUAGAGAGAAUUGUUUCCAAUGAACACACUUGACAUUUGUGCAUUUGUCUAUCGGCAAACAGUAUCUUUUUUAUUGAAUAUACUACAUUAUCAGAAUGACAAAACA